UUCAAGAGCUUUCUUCAAGAAAUGCUGAAAGAGCUCUAGCUAUGACUACAGCCGCCAAUUCACAAGCAGAGAAAUUAGACGAUGUGCCCCAUUUAAGGCUGGAUUCUGAGUCAGUUUUAGAAAAUGCCUACCAAAUAGGAGAAAAGAUUGGCCAGGGUAGUUUUGGCAAGGUUUAUAAAGUUACCGACAAAAAAACCGGUGAGAGAUGGGCAAUGAAAUGCAUCAGCAAGCAAAAGUCUGGCAAUGCACCGAUACACUUGUUUGAGAGGGAAGUGGCAAUAUUAAAGAGAGUGAGGCACGAAAAUAUUAUAAUGUUGAAAGAAGUUUACGAAACGCAUGAUAAAGUCUUUCUAAUUAUGGAAUACUGUAGCGGCGGAGAACUGGGCAAACAACUGAGUGCUGCAGUGAAGUUUGAUGAAGCUGUUGUCAAGAACGUCAUGACUUCUCUAGUGAGUGCAAUAUCCUAUCUUCAUAAAUGUGGUGUAGUCCAUCGAGAUUUAAAACUGUCCAACAUUUUGCUAAGCAAAGAACCAAAAAUUGAAGACAAAAACUUCUUCAUUAAGGUAACUGAUUUUGGUCUCUCUGUUGUUAAAGAAGGGGUUCGUCCAGAAAACAUGUUAAAUUCCUUUUGUGGCACAUUGAAUUACAUGGCACCAGAAAUUGCCGAAAAUAAAAACUACAGUCAGCAGUGCGAUGUCUGGGCCAUGGGUAUCAUAACAUAUCAGUUACUUUGCAGUUAUCCACCCUUUUAUGCCAAUGACGAGAAAGAAUUGAUAAAGAAAAUAAAAAUCGGGAAAAUUGUAUUUAGUUCACCUGACUGGGACAGCAUCAGCAGUGAAGCCAAAGACUUUGUCAAAAAAUUAUUGCAUGUUGAUCCAAGUCAUCGUUUGACGGCACCGGAGGCCUCACAGCACACUUGGCUUACGGGAAUCAAAGACACAGUAGGUGUGUUGUGUUUUUAAACAGAACAUUUCGUU